AGCGGUGGGCGGAGGAUGAAGCAGGAUGAAGCUGCUGCUGUCGGUGCUGCAGGGCUGAGAGGAGCCAAACAGCUGAGCUCUGCACGCAAACGUGAGAGGAAAACAUGCUCCGAGUGGCCUCGCCUGUCUUCAGCUCUGGAGUCUGAGCGGAGAGGACGGAGGAGACGCACACAACUGCAGUCUUCAUCAGCGCUGGAAAUGAACAGCUGUCAAAUGUGGGAUUUGAAGAUGUGGGCGCUGAUGGGAGUCUUCCACUGCGUCUUUGGGCAGCUGCUGGACGCCAAGCUCAAAGGAGGGCCGAAACUGAUCUGCAGCAUCCCGGGGUCGCCCGGCCUACCGGGCAAACCUGGUCUCAGUGGGCCUCCUGGAGCACGCGGGAAUGUGGGCAUACCUGGAAGAGAUGGCAGAGAUGGCAGGAAAGGGGAAAAGGGAGAAAAGGGAGACACAGGGCUAAAGGGUAAGGUUGGCCCCACUGGUCAGAGUGGACAAAGAGGUGAACGUGGGCCUGCAGGGAAACGAGGUCCUCCAGGUGAAAAUGGAGAAGUGGGUCUGUCUGGUCAGCUGGGACCUGACGGGGAGAAAGGGGACAAGGGCAAACGAGGACCACCCGGGACUCCAGGAAUCUGCAAAUGUGGCAGCCUGCAACCUAAAGCUGCCUUCUCUGUAGGAAUCACCAGCAGCUACCCUGCUGAGAAAACCCCCAUCAAGUUCAACAAGGUCCUCUUUAACGAGGGCGGCCACUACAACACCCAGACGGGCAAGUUCAUCUGUGCGUACCCAGGCAUCUACUACUUCUCCUAUGACCUUACUCUGGCCAACAAACAUUUGGCUGUUGGUCUUGUGCAGAACGGUCAGUAUCGCAUCAAAACCUUUGACGCCAACACAGGAAACCAUGAUGUGGCGUCUGGAUCCACUCUCAUGUACCUAAACCCUGAAGAUGAGGUGUGGAUGGAGAUCUUUUUCCAAGACCAGAACGGCUUAUUUGCAGACCCUGGCUGGGCUGACAGCCUUUUCUCUGGCUUCCUGCUCUAUGCAGACACCAUCUACCUUGACACACUGUCAGAGGACUAUGCAUAGAACCUAGGAGAGCCCAAACUGCUGAUCUUUCUGAUAAAAUACAUAUAGUAAAAUUUUAUUUUUAUACAAAUGUUUCCACAACUAUUUUUAAGUCAUUUAAAAAGAAUAUUGUUAAUAAUCUGAAAUGCUGAGGCUGUCAGAUAAGGGGGCGGGAAAGAGCCAAUUUGAAAUAAAUAUAUACACCAAUAAAUAAAUAAAUAUGUCAUUAAUUAUUUAAAAGUGGGAAUAAAUGAAUAAAUGUUGAAAUCAAUAAAUAAAUGUGGCAUUAAAAUAUUUAUUUAAUGGUGUAUAUAUUUAUUUCAAAUUGGCUCUUUCCAGCCUCCAUAGUCAGACAGCUGAAAGAAGAAGUGUAAAAACAGCUGCAAAGACCAAUUUUGUGAACUAAAAAUAAAAACAAAACUACUGUUGUUUUGUGGGUUUGUAAAACUCUUUCUGAUCAUAUUCUUCUCUUUAGGUGCCGAUGAACGUGUUUUCCAUAUUUGAGAUGAAAAGCUUCAAAUAAAAACUGAACCAAG